AUAUUGAUAUCAAUUUUUUUUUUUUUUAUCCCAACUUAUAUAUAUAUUAGGAGGGGGUGGGGGCGUUUGAAAAGGCUCUAGAUUACCCAGCCACAUUCUGUGUAUCUUUCACAAGGCUUAGUUUGGUUUGGACAUUUUAUUUUAUGUGUACACAUUUCAAUGUUACUCUCUAUACUCGUGUCAUUUUGAUAGACUGUUCACUGUUUCCACUUCUCUUUUCUUUUCUUUCUUUUCCCACUGCCAGCCAUAUUACAGUCAAGUCUUAGCUUGUAAAAGAAAGUUUUUUUUUCCUUGUCAAAUACCACAAGCAUUACUACAAUAUUAUAAUUUCUUGUUUCUGUGGUUUUCUCCUAAUUGGGGUUUGUUUUAUUUUAUUUAUUUAUUUAUAGUGUGGUUUUUUUCAGUGUUGGGGUCUUUUAGUUUGGGUAUUUUCUGAUGGGGGGUUACACUAUUUUCCAAGAUUUAGUUUUUAGUGGAAAAAGGUGGCACCUUUAUUGAUUUUGUGCAUUGAAAGGUUGAAUCUUUAAGUGGGGUUUUUGAUAAAUUUCAAGAUUUAUUAUUUUUACUGGGAUUUUGGAUUGUGAAAAAUGGCUAUGAAUACUGGAGGAAGGCUUGUUGCUGGUUCACAUAAUAGAAAUGAAUUUGUGCUCAUCAAUGCUGAUGAAAUUGGAAGGAUAAAAUCGGUGCGUGAAUUAAGUGGACAAGUGUGUUGGAUUUGUGGGGAUGAAAUCGAGAUUACUGUUGAUGGAGAGUUAUUUGUUGCUUGCAAUGAAUGUGCUUUCCCUGUUUGUAGACCUUGUUAUGAGUAUGAAAGAAGAGAAGGAAAUCAAGCUUGCCCUCAGUGCAAAACUAGAUACAAGAGGAUUAAGGGUAGUCCGCGUGUUGAGGGUGAUGAGGAAGAAGAUGACACUGAUGACAUAGAGCACGAGUUCGAUUAUGGUGUUGGGACUUUAGGCCGCCAAGGUUCAGGUCCAGUUCCCUCUGUUUAUGGCGGUUCGUAUGAAAAUGCUACAUCCUCAAGACAAGAUUCAUCUACUCCUGGAAUAGAAAUACCUCUUUUGACCUAUGGUGAAGAGGAUGCUCAGAUUUCUUCUGAUCAGCAUGCUCUCAUAGUGCCUCCAUCUAAUGGCUUUGGAAAUGGGAUUUAUCCAACUCUUCAUACUGAGUCAUCAGCUUCCUUGCAUCCAAGGCCAAUGGUUCCACAGAAAGACGUUGCGUUAUAUGGCUAUGGAAGUGUUGCAUGGAAGGACAGAAUGGAAGACUGGAAGAAAAAGCAGAAUGAGAAGCUCCAGGUGGUCAAGCAUCAAGGAGAUGGUGGUGGGGGCUUUCAUGGGGAUAAUAUGGAUGAUCCUGAUUUGCCUAUGAUGGAUGAAGGAAGGCAGCCACUAUCAAGAAAGUUGCCCAUAAAAUCAAGCAGGAUAAACCCGUACAGAAUUCUAAUCAUACUCCGUCUAGCAAUUCUUGGCCUCUUCUUCCAUUAUAGAAUUCUUCAUCCAGUUCAUGAUGCAAUUGGCCUGUGGUUGACAUCGGUUAUUUGUGAGAUAUGGUUUGCUGCUUCAUGGAUUCUUGAUCAAUUCCCAAAGUGGUGCCCUAUAGUUCGAGAAACAUAUCUUGAUCGGCUUUCACUCAGGUAUGAAAAAGAAGGAAAGCCUUCAGAGUUAGCUCCUGUCGACAUUUUUGUCAGCACAGUUGAUCCCUUGAAAGAACCACCAUUAAUCACUGCAAACACUGUUUUAUCCAUUCUUGCUGUGGAUUAUCCAGUGGACAAAGUUACAUGCUAUGUCUCAGAUGAUGGUGCAGCAAUGCUUACUUUUGAAGCCCUUUCUGAGACAUCUGAAUUUGCAAGAAAAUGGGUUCCUUUCUGCAAGAAGUAUAAUAUUGAACCCCGUGCUCCAGAAUGGUAUUUUUCUCUAAAGAUGGACUAUCUGAAAAAUAAAGUUCAUACUGCAUUUGUAAGAGAACGGCGUGCCAUGAAGAGAGAAUAUGAAGAGUUUAAAGUCCGGAUAAAUGCUCUAGUGGCAACUGCUCAGAAGGUUCCUGAAGAGGGUUGGACAAUGCAGGAUGGCACACCAUGGCCUGGGAACAAUGUCCGAGACCAUCCUGGUAUGAUCCAGGUAUUCCUUGGUCAUGAUGGUGUCCAAGAUGUUGAAGGAAAUGAAUUACCUCGCCUGGUUUAUGUUUCCCGUGAAAAGAGGCCUGGGUUUGAUCACCACAAAAAAGCAGGCGCCAUGAAUGCCUUGAUGAGGGUUUCAGCUGUCAUAUCGAAUGCUCCUUUCCUGUUAAAUGUUGAUUGUGAUCACUACAUCAACAACAGCAAGGCGUUGAGGGAAGCAAUGUGUUUCUUGAUGGAUCCCACUUCAGGAAAGAAAAUCUGCUAUGUGCAGUUUCCACAAAGGUUUGAUGGGAUUGAUCGUCAUGACAGAUACUCAAACAGAAAUGUCGUCUUCUUUGAUAUUAACAUGAAAGGUUUGGAUGGUAUACAAGGACCAAUAUAUGUUGGUACGGGGUGUGUUUUCAGAAGGCAUGCACUUUAUGGAUAUGAUGCUCCUGCCAAGAAGAAGCGACCUAGCAAAACCUGCAACUGCUGGCCUAAACUGUGCUUUUGCUGUUGCUGCUUCAGAUCCAAAACGAACAAGAAAGGGAAAACAAAGAAAGAGAAGAAGCCAAAGCACAGGGAGGCAUCAAAGCAGAUAUACGCUCUUGAAACCAUUGAAGAAGAAGCAAAUGUGGAUCCACGCCCGGCUUCCCAAGUGAAACUAGAGAAAAAAUUCGGGCAGUCUCCUGCUUUUGUUGCCUCAACACUUUUAGAAAAUGGCGGUCUUCCAAAGGAUGCCAGUACCUCAUCACUUUUGAAGGAAGCCAUUCAUGUUAUUAGCUGUGGUUAUGAAGAUAAAACAGAAUGGGGGAAGGAGGUUGGCUGGAUUUAUGGCUCCGUGACGGAAGAUAUCUUGACUGGAUUCAAGAUGCAUUGCCAUGGAUGGAGGUCCGUCUAUUGUAUGCCUAAGCUGCCUGCUUUCAAGGGUUCAGCCCCUAUAAAUCUUUCAGACCGUCUCCAUCAGGUUCUUAGAUGGGCUCUAGGAUCAGUUGAAAUUUUGCUGAGCAAGCAUUGCCCGAUCUGGUAUGGCUAUGGAGGUGGAUUGAAAUGGCUGGAGCGAUUCUCUUACAUAAACUCUGUUGUAUAUCCUUUGACGUCCAUCCCCUUGAUUGUCUACUGUUCCUUGCCAGCCAUCUGCCUUCUCACGGGAAAAUUCAUUGUUCCUGCGAUCAGUAAUUAUGCCAGCAUUAUAUUUAUUUCACUUUUCAUCUCUAUUGCUGCCACGGGUGUCCUUGAAAUGCAGUGGGGUGGUGUUGGUAUAGAUGAUUGGUGGAGAAAUGAGCAGUUUUGGGUUAUUGGAGGUGCUUCCUCCCACUUUUUUGCUCUCUUUCAAGGAUUGCUCAAGGUUUUGGCUGGUGUGGAGACAAGUUUCACUGUCACAUCCAAAGCAGGAGACGAUGGAGCAUUUUCCGAUCUCUAUAUUUUCAAGUGGACAUCAUUAUUAAUCCCACCAACGACUUUGCUAUUAAUAAACAUAGUUGGUGUGGUGGUUGGUGUCUCGAAUGCAAUAAACAACGGUUAUGAUUCUUGGGGACCCUUAUUUGGUAGGCUAUUCUUCGCCUUGUGGGUUAUUAUUCAUCUUUUCCCGUUCCUCAAAGGAUUAAUGGGAAAGCAAGAGCGAACCCCGACCAUAGUUGUUGUAUGGUCGAUUCUGCUUGCUUCAAUACUGACAUUGUUGUGGGUACGAGUCAACCCGUUUGUCUCAAGAGAUGGCCCGCUCCUAGAAGUCUGCGGAUUGAAUUGUGACGAUUAAGUCUAAAACUCCAGAGACUAUAUUGAGUCCAGAAUGUUUCUAAGAACCCAUUGUUGGGAUUUCCUUUCGCGGGCCAGACGUUUGAUGUGUAGUACUGUGGGAGUUUUUGCCGGAAUAGAUAUAUGUACAAGGUUGGUGGUAGAACAAAAAGGUAGGAGUAUAGAUGGAAAGUCGUCAGUGUAGAUAUGAAGCAGUGGGAGCUGACAUAUAUAUAUUCAUAUUUGUUUACAAUUUGUUUCAUUUAUUCUUUAUUUUGUGGAAUACUUCUCUUCUUUUGGAGUUCCAUCUAUUUGUCAGUGAAUACUACUAAAUCAUAAAGUUAUUAACCCUCUGUAAAAGGGGGCAUUAAAUUUGUAUACUCUUUAGCUAAGAAGUUGUAUGUCCUGUUGUGUUU